AUGAAGCUCACGUGCAGCGGGCCCAUGACGCAGCGCUUGACGCUCGCUGGCGUUUGCGCCUACAUGCUCGCGGCCACAACGGUCUUCUUGCUCCACCGACAGUACAUGAUGCCAUCCAGCAGCGUACACGUGUCGAGCCAUGCGCUCAAGCACGCCGCGUGCAGCUACCAGACGAAUGUCUUUGCCAAGCAGUACGAGGCCUUGUAUGCGAUCUCCGCGUCGCCGCCAGCGUCGCUUCAAGCACUGCGACGCAUCUCGGAUCCACUCGCGCCGCGCUCGUGGGCCGACUGUCUGCCCAUGCACACGGUCGUCUGUGGCGUUGCCGCCGGCGCGCAAGACUCGCUUUUCACGCAGUCGCCGCCGUGCCGGUCCGCGGCCGUCCACCACCUGCUCGUCGCAGCCUCUGCCGCCAUGGAAGAGCGAGGGCACACCGCGCUGCCAAUCGGCUCGGGACUGCAACACAUAUGGGAGCACGGCGCGCUUUUGCCGGACGCCACGUCGAUCGAUAUGCUCACGGACGCCUCGAGUGAUCUCGCCGCGUGGUUUUGGACCCGCGGAUUUGCCCACUUUACGGUCGACGACCAGCUGCGCAUUGGAUCGCAGACGGAGCAUACAUAUCGACGCGCGCAGCUGACGCCGUUGUCGUGCUUGCCGCUGUACGGUGCGUCGAUUGCGGCGCCGGCGCACCCCGCGACCUUCUUUACGGCGGCGCAAGGCAUGCGACACCACGACGAUCUCGACGUCUGGUACCCGAAUGCCAACUGCGAAGCACUCUGCGACGACGACAUUCCGCCGUUCCGACGCGAUGUCAAGUUCGAGGUGGCCCACUGUCCGCUGCGCAAUGAUACCGAGUACAACGCGCGACUGGCCAAGUAUGUGGACCGUCCGUUGCCGCUGCAGCUCGACGAAGCACACCUGCCGUACAUUGCGCCGUUUAGCAACACGACCAAGCUCCGCGAAGGAAAAGCGUGGGAGUACUGUCUUCCGAUGAAACCGCAGCAGUGUGGCGCGCGGCGCGGGCUCAAGACGACGCUCUUCGAGACGCCGCAGGGCAAGCCGUGCCGGUCGGCCGUGCUGCAGUUGCUGCUGGAAAACAUGCUCGAGGUCGUCGAGGAGCUCAGUCUUCCGUCGUUUGUCUAUUUUGGCACGCUCCUUGGCGCAUGGCGAGACGAGGCCAUCAUCCCGCACACGCCCGACAUUGAUAUCGUCCUGCCGUUGACCACCGACUGGGCUAAAGUCCAGGACGCGAUGUGGGCACGCGGCUUUUACGUGUUUAAACGUGAUAUCCACGGCGCCUGCGUCGCGUCGCACCACCCGCUCGCGUCGCUCUUGUAUGCGCCAAAGACCGACCUGGUUGAAGUGUCAACGUACAACCACGGCACACCGUACCUGGACUUGUACUCGUGGAGCAAGGAGGUCGGGCGCAAGGUCAAGGUCGAGACGGCGCUCGAGAAGCUCGAUGUCGCGCACAUGUUUCCGCUCACGUGCCACGAGACGAUCUUUGGCAACCAUGUGCCCGGGAUUCAGUUUCCCGAAGCCAUGUUUCGAAGUGAGUACGGCACCACGUACGCAUCGGACCCCGACUUGCACUUGACGUCGUGCGAGUCGUACUGUGACUACCAGUUGCUAGACACGAACGAGUAG